AUGGUAGUUGUGACGAUGAUGGUGGUCAGGUGGCUGAGACCUGUGGAUGGAUAUGACGACAAUAAUAGUGACAUGAUGUUUAGUGUAUCAUAUUCUCAAGUUGCUGUUCGUGCUAAAACUCCGUAUCUUGAUGGGUUUCUUGCGAAUGGCAACUUCGAACAAGGGCCACAUUCUUCAAACAUCAAGAAAACAGUGAUCAUUGGAAAAUACUCUUUACCCAAAUGGGAAAUCUCGGGCAUGGUGGAGUACGUCUCUGGUGGGCCCCAACCAGGUGGGUUCUACUUUGCGAUCCCACGUGGGGCCCACGCAGCAAGGCUUGGCAACGAAGCCACCAUAUCCCAAACGAUCACCGUGAAGGUGGGGACGACGUACUCCCUGACGUUUGCGGCCACGAGGACUUGUGCUCAAGACGAGAUGCUAAGAGUCUCGGCUUCUGGCCAAUCGAGCGAUCUUCCCAUUCAAACUUUGUACAGUAGUGAUGGAGGAGACACUUAUGCCUUUGCUUUCAAAGCUACUUCAAACAGGAUCAAGAUCACUUUUCAUAACCCUGGGGUUCAAGAAGAUCCUGCUUGUGGACCCCUCUUGGAUGCCAUUGCAAUCAAGGAGAUGAUUCCUCUAAGAUAUACCAAAGGAAACUUGGUGAAAAAUGGCGGUUUUGAGAACGGCCCGCACGUGUUCAAGAACUACUCGACCGGAGUCCUCCUCCUCCCCAAAAUACACGACAUCGUUUCCCCACUCCCUGGAUGGAUCGUUGAAUCGCUCAAACCAGCAAAAUAUAUAGAUUCCAAACACUUUUCGGUGCCAAAGGGACUUGCUGCUAUCGAGUUGGUAGGAGGUCGGGAAACCGCGAUUGCACAGAUCAUUCGUACCGUGCCAAACAAACUCUAUACGCUGUCGUUCACCAUUGGAGAUGCGAAGAACGACUGCCAUGGAUCGAUGAUGGUGGAGGCUUUUGCAGCUAAAGAAACUGUAAAAGUAAAACACGAAGCUCAAGGAAAGGGUGGUUUUAAGUCCGCUAGUCUCAAGUUUAAAGCCAUUUCAACGAGGACAAGACUCACAUUUUACAGUGCGUUUUACCAUAUGAAGCUCAGUGACUACGGGCAUCUAUGUGGUCCGGUCUUGGAUGAUGUCAAGGUUUUGCCUUUCUAGAAACAAGUGAUGAACUCCAUGAAUUCGCAAUUGGAUCUUGCAUACUGGUUUCUUAUGAUACAUUUAUUCAAAUAUGUAGAGAUUGAAUUCGACGGUAAAAUAGUUUUGGUUUACGUUUGGUCGUUGAGUUAUUAAUUGAAAAGAUUAUUGUAUAUCGGUC